GUUCAUCAGCUGAGUUUCAGUAUAUAACGAACAUUUAACAAGUUCAGUUGCUAUCAGAGUCGUUGAGAAUAAAGUUCUAUUUUGACCACUUUUUCUUUAAAAUAAAAUUAAACAAAUAUUUGCUUAAAAAUGCCAAUUGUUCAAACCGUUUUGGGUGCAAUAGACCCCAAUCUUUUGGGUCGUACUCUUACCCACGAACAUAUUGCACUAGAUUUCGAGCAUUUUCAUUGUGAUCCACCAGAGGAUUUUAAACCGUUUUUGAAUAAGAAAAUAUGUAUGGAAAAUUUGGGAUAUGUGCGUCAAUAUCCAUAUUCUUCGAUGGACAAUGUACGUUUCUACGAUGAAGAUUCGCGUAAUGCUGCUCUCAAGGAUAUUGAAUUGUAUAAGAAGUUCGGUGGUGGUACUAUAGUGGAAAAUAGUUCACAUGGUCUUAAGAGAAAUAUGGAGUUUAUGGUAGAGGCUGCCAAGAAAACUGGUGUACACAUUGUGGCUGGUACAGGCCACUAUGUACAUGAUUUGCAAGAACCCGAUCAUCUUAACAUGACUGUGGAACAAAUGACUGAUUUGUAUUCUAAAGAAAUUAUUACUGGUAUUGAGGUGGAAGGUGUGGGCAUAGUGAAAUGUGGUUUUAUAGGUGAAGUUGGCAGUGUUUAUCCCAUACAUGAUUUUGAGAAACGUGCCAUUAAAGCUACCGGUGAAAUCCAAGAAGUUUUAGGUUGUGGUGUUUCUUUCCAUCCGGGUCGUGAUGCUCAAGCUCCGUUUGAAAUUAUGCGUUUAUACUUAGAAGCCGGCGGUAAAGCCAAUAAGUGUGUUAUGUCUCAUUUGGAUCGUACCAUUUACGAUAUCGAUCAAUUAUUGGAAUUCUCGAAAUUGGGUUGUUAUCUACAGUACGAUCUCUUUGGCACUGAAUGCUCUUUAUAUCAACUUAAUAUCAAUGUUGAUAUGCCCUCUGAUGCCCAACGUAUUAAUAAUCUUAUGAAACUUAUUGACGAAGGAUUAGUUGAUCGUAUUCUUAUGUCCCAUGACAUUCAUACUAAACAUCGUUUGACUUCGUAUGGUGGUCAUGGUUAUCAUCAUGUUCAUAUGAAUGUUUUGCCUCGCAUGUUCGCCAAGGGCUUAUCUGUGGAACAAGUUGAACAGAUGACUGUAGUCAAUCCCGCUAAAUGGUUGGAGUUUAACAUUUAAAUUUUAUUUGUUUUAAUGUAUUCCUGUUGUUUGUUAAUUUGUUUUUAGUACGCAUUAAUUAUUUUCUCAUUGUUUUUAAUGAAAUUUUUAACUUUAGUUAUAUACUCUUAAUAAAACGUUAUGUAAUUUCCUUCGGUAUUAAAUAGUUUUAAAAUAAAUAUUAAAAAUAA